AUGGGCGUUGAUAUCGCGGUUGCCUCACCGAAAGGCUACGGUAUCCCCGACCGCAUGCGAUCCCUCAUCUUGUCUUCUGGCACCAGCAGCAAAUUGGUUGAGACGACCAUUCCAGAGGUUGCUAUCAAGGAUGCUGACAUUCUGGUGACGGACACUUGGGUGUCCAUGGGUCAAGAGGAAGAGGUAAAAAAGAGGCUUCAAGCUUUUGACGGAUACCAGAUCACAAGUGAACUGGCGAAGCGUGGCGGGGCAAAGGAAGAUUGGAAGUUUAUGCACUGUCUUCCUCGGCACCCCGAGGAGGUGACGGACGAGGUUUUUUACAAUUCCCGCUCGCUGGUUUUCCAAGAGGCGGAGAACAGGCUUUGGGCAGCUAUCGGUCAGUACAGCCCUCUACUUGCAUUCGGUUGA